CUGCUGCUAAGGUGGCACUUUGCUCCGUAGACCAGACGUAGCUCAGUUCUGGAUUACUAAACCGCAUUUCGGGUCUGCUUUCAGGGCGUUCGAGAGUGAUUUUUGUUUGUUUUUGGUGCUUGACCGCUGAGACGCCGAAAAUUAAGUAGUUUACGGCCUUACCGUUCCUGCAUACUUAACAUAGCAACAGAAUUUGGCCACAGGAGCUCACGGUCAGUUCAUCAGCCGCCGCGUGAAGCCCUCGGCCACACACAAGGCUAAGCACCGGAGCGCAAUGCCCGGAGAGGUUGCCGCCGCAGCCGCGGCAGGCGCCGCUGGCGCUGCGGGAGCUGGGGCGGAGGGCGGGCAGCCGGGCCAGCAGCGCCAGCAGGGCGGCUUCGGGCAGCUGCUGGGCAUGGUGGUGCGCAUGGGCGUCAUGUGGUACUUCAUGAACAUGAUGAAGGGCCAGAAGACACCGCCGCCUGCCGGCGGCGCGGGCAGCCCCGCCGCGGCCGGUGCGGGCGCGGGCGGCGCCGCCGACCUGUCAGGCUACCUGUACCCGGUGUUCCCCAAGGGCCAGCUGGUGGACAUGUACAUGUUCUUGUCGGAGCAGCGCAGCUACCCAAGCCACCAAUACGCCAUGGAGGACCUGAUCUGGAGCGAGACGGGCGUGGAGCUGGGCGGCGCGGCCGAGAACCGCAAGCUCACCUACACCUACGAGCUGAGCGAGGCCGUGAAGAACAACGGCUCGGUGUGGCUGCACAUGGUGCUGGCGCGCGCCGGCGACCCGGUGGCUCCGGACGACCCCGCCUACGACCCCUCCGCGGUAGCCUACUACACAUACCAGCUGAACGCUUACCGGCCCAAGCCGCGCAACAACACCGGAGUCAACCUGCUGAGCGAGAACCCGGUGGACGUGCCCAAGGUAGACCCCAAGGAGCCGCGUGAGAUCAUGAACUUCAUCCGCCCUAACAUCACGCUGCAGCUGGUCGACCACUUCCAGGCCUACAACCGGAAGGCGGUGCCGCCCCAGAUCCUGGACGCCAUGCGCUUCAACCCCGCCACCGGGCACUACCUGCCGCUGGUGUUCUUCAACGACUUCUGGCUGCUCAAGGACAAGCUGGUGCCGGUGAACGAAACGCUGGACCGUGUGGAUGUGCACAUGGAGCUCAGCUACGUGUCCAUGGUCUGGUGGCAGCUGCUGGGUCAGAUGGACCAGUCGUUCAACAUGCAGGUCAAGAUGGGCAUGAGCCAGGACGGCGAGUCGGACGAGAUCAAGCGCAUCUUCCUGGAGGGCAACCCCUACCUGCUGGGCCUGACGUUCGUGGUUUCGAUGCUGCACACGGUGUUUGACCUGCUGGCCUUCAAGAACGACAUCGGUUUCUGGAAGAACAACAAGUCCAUGGAGGGCCUGUCCGCCCGCACCGUGCUCAUCAAUGCCUUCUGCCAGGUGGUGAUCCUGCUGUACCUGUUUGACAACGACACUUCCUUCGUGGUGCUGCUCAGCAGCGUGCUGGGCACCGGUAUCGAGCUGUGGAAGGUGACCAAGGCCUUUGACGUGUCCUUCAACCGCGAGCGCUUCCCCUACAUCUCUCUGAAGGACCGCGCCACCUACUCCAACAAACAAACCAAGCAGUAUGACGCUGAUGCCAUGAGGUACCUGUCCUACGCGCUGUACCCGCUGGUGAUCGGCUACUCCAUCUACGCGCUCAUGUACAAGACUCACAAGAGCUGGUAUAGCUGGAUCCUGUCCAGCCUUGUGGGCGCCGUGUACAUGUUCGGAUUCAUCCUCAUGUGCCCCCAGCUUUACUUGAACUACAAGCUCAAGUCCGUGGCGCACCUUCCCUGGCGCCAGAUGACUUACAAGUUCCUCAACACCAUUAUCGACGACCUGUUCGCGUUCGUUAUUAAGAUGCCUCUGCUGCACAGGCUGUCGGUGUUCCGUGAUGAUGUGGUGUUCCUGAUCUACCUCUACCAGCGCUGGGUCUACCGUGUGGACAAGACCCGCGCCAAUGAGUUCGGGUGGGCGGAGGAGCACGCGGAGCCCCAGCCGGAGGAGCCCGCCGCUGCCAUCACGCAGGGCGAGGGCUCCGACACGGUGGCGGCUGUGGCAUCAGAUUCGACGGCUGCGGCAGGCAGCGACGCGGCUGGAGAGGGUGGCGCCCGGCGGCGUAAGGGCGGCAAGUCAGACAAGGAGAAGGAGCAGGAGGAGGACAGCAAGCAAGAUAGCUCGGAUGGCAAGGGCGGGAAAAAGGGGAAAUAGAUUUGGGUUAGAAAGAAGUGAGGUUUAACGCAGGACAAUGCUUUGCAAGGCGCCCUCAGGCUGUUAACCCGGCCGACGCGUGCGGCAUGCGGAAAAUGGACGAAUGGUGGAGGCUCAAGGCAUAGGAUAUCCCCGCAUGGCUUUCGGCCUCAGCGACUAGUUGUGAACAUAGAAAGGACACUUGUGGCUCCAUUAUCCGCCUCCAUGGAAGUGUUCCAGUCUUCCAGGGCUGUUGCCUGGAAUACGCAUGAACCCGUGCAGAUGUGGCUUGAUCACUGCCGCGUGCGUGGAGUGUAAACUGGUGGAAUUGAGGGGCUUGGCCGGGCAUGGCGUGGAGACUUGUGCGUGGUGCAACUCUGUGCGGCCCUCCCAUGACAGAAAUCGUGCAUACUGCACCUCAGGUGAUACCCUGGCUUAUAAGGCGUGGUCCGGGCGAAAGAUGUGCCAGCGCACGUACGGGGGCGCCACGACCAGCCACGACGGCGCGGCCAUGCAAGCUCACCAACCGCA